GGGCUCGUCUCAGUACCAUCUCGCACCGAGAAUUAUCUUGAUCUUAGCUACACUGGACACAUGUUUAGCUAACUACGGUAAAAGUAUGCGUUUCCUCAUCGGACAUUUCAUUUAGAUUAAUGAUGUGCGCAUAACGUUUGAGUACCCAACCGUGUAGGUAGCUCUCUAGGCUAGACGAGAAAAUGUGCUCGCUAGCUAGGUGAGUAAGAACAAACUAGCAUCCAUCUUGGGAAGCCAGUAAGUGCAUUCAGUUGGCUAAAGGUGGCUAGCUAACGUUAGCUUCUGUUGUUUAACUAGCUAGCCGUUGGGCUGCUAAUAUUAUGUAGGUAGGUUGCUAGUUUAGUAGUUAUGGGCAUGAAGAAACAAUGUACACCUUUAAAUAAACCUAUGAAAUCCAUAUCUACAAUUGACGAUUAAUAUUCUAAAUGUAGCCGUGUAAACUAGCUAGUUAUGAUGAAAACAGCUAGCUAAAGUAACUUGCUAACGUUACACCGGAUACAAUAAUUAGCUAACAUUUGUUAGCUAGCCAUGCAUGGCUGGCAUUGCUUUGGUCAUGUAGUUACGCAAAUCAUUUUGCUCAUACCAUCGCAUUAACAUGUAAUCAAAUGUAAUUUAUUUGUUACAGAGCUAAAUAGAAAUGUGUGUAAAACAGACCUGCUCUACACCUUGUAUCGCUACUCGUUUUCGACCCUUCUCACUCUGACGAAGAACGCAAGCACAAAAAUGGCUCUGAAAAAGUGCACUAAAGAAAGAUGUAGCCGCUUCGAGUGAAUUGGAAAUAAAGAGCAAACAUUGGACAGCUCGUAUGCCAUUCACAGGAUGGAGGCGUGUCUCAAACGAUGUUGUUGCUCAUUCUUCCGUGGUCCUUGCUGUAAGGGAUCAUUGGGACGUGCAUACCCCCCCAAUAGAAGUUGUAAAGUAAAAUUAGGAAAUUGGGCUUGGUAGGGUUUAGGAUAGUGACGUCCCAAGGAUAUCGGAUUGCAGUGAUGAUACCUUCCGGUUUUCACGACCACAGCCACAAAGUCAAAAUUGGCUAUCGUACAAAUUUGUAAAAACAAAAAUGUGCUUUUUGGUCAUACUUUAAGGUUAGAGUUAGGCAUGAGUUUAGCAGUUUGGUUAGUGUUAAUGUUAGAGUUAGGUUUCAAAUCGGAUUUUAAGAUGAACAUUUUACCAAUAGGCGGGGUUUAUGACUGUGUCUGUGGUAACUCAUUCUUCCGUACCUAGAUAGUUUGCUUGAUUUUCAGCAGGCUUCGCUUUCAGUCUUGCUGAUCAUGUGAAUACUUACUAGUUAUGUUCAUAUAGGGAUGUAAUCUUGCUAAUUCUAUCAUAGUUCUAAAAUGUAGAUAUCACACCUUUCGUAUGAUUCGCGAAAUAUCCAAAAAUGUAUUAUUAUGGGCGCUUGCCUAAGCUACCCACAAACAUUUUUGGCGCCUUGGCGAUUCGCCCAACGAAAAGCAGCUGUACUAGUGUUCUCGUACAGAAAGACUAAAAACCAUUAUUGUCAUCUACAUGGUCAACUGUUAAGUGGCACCACCUGACAGAGCGGGGAUGAGCCCUCAGGAUGUGCUAGCAACCCAGACCUGGCUCCAGUCCUCUUGGCAGAUCCAGGUGCCUUUCGCCUGGCUAGAGGCAUGUGUGGAGUGGCUGCAGCAGGAAGGAGGAGGUGCCCCCCUGCCUCAACACCAGCUUAAUCAGCAGGUCCUGGAUCAGUGGCUGCUGACCGACCUACGUGACCUGGCCCACUCUGUGCUCCCUGCAGGGCUAUAUCAGGCCCAGAAGUCGGAGCUCAGUGGCAGCUUCUGCGUGCAGCUGGACUCCCUACUGGACAUUAGCCAGCCUGCCUAUGGCCAGCUUCAGGGCUGGAGGGGCACUGACUGCACCAACGAGGCUGUGUCAGCCAUCACCCAGGCCACCCAGCGGACCUGGGAGGCCAAACCCACACGCAUGCUGCUGCUGCAGCUCACUGAUGGUGUGCAGACCCUGGAGGCCAUGGAGUACCAGCCCAUCCCUGCACUCAGCACCACCCUCAAGCCAGGAGUCAAACUGCAGCUGCAGGGCCAAAUAACCUGCCGGCUAGGGGUGCUACUGCUGAAGCCAGGCAACGUAAAGGUGCUGGGAGGGGAGGUGGAGGAGCUGGCUGAGAGGCACUCUCAAGGGAAGGUGCUAUGCAGGGCUCUGGGACUGCCUGAGGAGGAGCCACAGGGUCCGGCUGAGCAGCCAGAGGUCCCACAACCAGUUAACCAGCAGGCUGACAACCAGGAAUCAGACGACCUAGAGCUGCUGGCCAACCUGGAGACCCAGGAGAGGCAGGUGGGGUGGAGUGUGGAACCCAGCCUGGAGAGUGGCUACAGGACCCGCAGUGAGGAAUCCUCUGCCUCUUACAGAAAUGCCUCGUUGCAAAGUCGGCACAUUGAAAGCCUUGCAGAUUCUCUACUCGUAACCUCUUCACCCCAUGAGGUCAUUGAACUGGACAAUUUGGACAUCCCAGAUGAGGACUUUGAUGACCUUCCCCUGGAUGAGCUUGAUGGUAUGAUUUUUCAGGAGAGCCCAAUCCAACUGACAAACGGGAGGGAUAAUCAAAGAGACAACCUGAGGAGAAGGCAGGAAGAAGUAUCUAACAACUACGCUCCACCAUUAGAUGACAUGAGAAACGAAAGCCAUUUUGACUCCCUUGAUGAGAGGGAUGAUCCUGUUUUGGACGAGGACAUGAACUGCUUCUUCCCACCAGAGCCAAAAGCUCCUAGACAUGAGCAAAGACGAGAUGGUACCUGUGUCAGAGAACUGGGAACAGGCCAGCCCUCUGUGUCAGGAGCAGAGCGGCUCUCAACCAAAAUCCCAGAGAGUGCAGCGACUGUGGCGCUCGAUUCAUCCCCAUUUACGUACCUGUGUUUGCUGCAACAGGUUGCUGCGGGCGCCUCAGACCUGCUGGAGUGCAUGAGUGAGGUGUGCGUGAAAGCCUUCAUCGUCACCCUGCAAGGGAACCUCAAAUGCAGUAAGGGGGAGUGGCUGGUCAGCGCCUCCAUCUCUGAUGGAACUGGUUACAUGGACGUUCACCUCUCAGACCAAGUUCUGACGGACCUGCUGGGGUUCUCAGCGGCUGAGAAGUCUAAGUUAGACCCAGCCCGGAAGGACGCAGGGAUGAAGGCGUGUCAGCAGGGCCUGGUGGACAUGUGUUGCGUGAUGACUCUGAGGUUGGACCCUGCCGGUGGGAAGGCUGUGGUCCUCAAGGCUGAUGCAGUCACAGAGGAGGACUUCCGAGCCCUGGAGGAGAGGGUGAAAGGCAGGAGGACUCUGGGACAUGGACCAGUGGAGGCUGCUGAGGGGAGGACGGCUCAUAAUAAUGGCUGGAAUGGAGUGAAUGAAAUGGCAUCGAAUGUAUGGAAGCCAUGUGUUUGAUGUAUUUGAUACCAUGCCACUUAUUCCACUCCAGCGAUGACCAUGAGACCGUCCUCCCCAAUUAAGGUGCCACCAACCUUCUGUGAUGUGGGCUAUGGAGGACUGCUUUGGGGAAUUCUGGGUUGUGAUGACUGCCUUGGAUGUAAGUGGAUUUCCAGCUCUCUGGCCCUGGUCCACUGUCAUGCUUUACGGUGUCUCUGUUGUAAUUCAUGCAGCCAUUAGGCUACUAUGUUCAAGUGCAACAAUGUUAAUAAAUAUAUAUAUAUAUAUUUUUGUGUGUUUGUGUUUUGA